AAGCUUUCUCUCUCUUUUCAAGGCUAAGUUGUAUUCUCUCUAUCUUCUUCACGGCCAAUCUCUCUUUCUCUCUAGGGCCAAGCUCAACUGUUGCGGUUGCUUUUGCAUUCUCUCACAUCUCUAUUCUCUCUCUAAGGCCAAGCAUUUCUAGAACACACUCACUCUAUUUCCUUAUAUUCAAGGGUACUUGUUUUGGUCCUCCUGGUCUUGUUUCUCUAGAAAUUCUCAUGAGAUCGUCGUCAAUUGUGCUCCAGAACCAGCAAUGGAGAGGAUCUCUCCGGCAAAUGAGAUUGCUUUUCGUGUCAACUUCACUGGAUACAGUGGUCAUCUCAGAGUUGAGCCUCUUCCACCAUUUGAUCGACCAAAUGUGCUAAACUCGCUGUCUAAUCUUGUCCUGGCCCAUGCAUUGGAGCCAGAGGAUGUAGAAACCAUUAAGAAGGAUUUGGAGGAUGAUUUCCUCUUUCCUGAAUUGGAUAGUGAUGAAUUUUCACCAGAAAAGUGCGGUAAACAGUGGGAUUUUGACUGGUUUAAUAAGGCGAAGGUGCACCUUGAACCAUCAGUGCCAAGGUCAAUGGUGGUUCCAUUGUGGGAACUACCUUUUAAGCGCAGUAAGAGGGGAGUUGCAGAGAAUGAAGGCAAAAUGAAUGAGUUUCCUCUUAAAUGCCAACUGUCUGAGAAGACAUGGAUCCCGAAUUCACAAAAAAUAGCGUUAAAAGAAUUAAUGGAAGGAGCUCAAGAUCCCUCUUCUAUGCUGCGAAUGCCUGGUCCUGCUAAGGACUUUGUUAGAGGUAGCAUCAACAGUCGCCCAUUUCAUCCUGGUGGUUUAGAAUUUUCUCAAAAUCCCGAACAAAACAUACCCGAGGGUGCUUGCAAUGGGGAGUGGGUGCGUGAAGUUCUUGAGGGUGGUCCAGCUCAGGAAAUUCCUCCUAGCUUCAAACAAGGAUUGGAUCUUGGCAGCCUUAAGGAAUUUUCAUGCACAUGGAAGAGUAUCCAGGAACAAAAAUCAACACAAAACUCCUCAGAUGACAAUAUGAAUAGGUUGUCUGUGCAAUUUGAUGAUUUAUUUAAGAAAGCUUGGGAAGAAGAUUUUGUGCAAAGCGAAGGUGAUGAAGAGAGCGUUGGAAAUUCUGUAGAAGCAGAUUCAAAUAUGUCAGGAUCUGAGGGUGAAAAGGAGGAUGAAGUUGCAAGUACUCCUGCCAGGUCUGAUUCCAUACUUUUGGAUGAGAUACUCCAUGAUCAACAGGAAGAAUCAAAGCCAGAUGAAGUUGCAAGUACUCCUGCCAGGUCUGAUUCCAUACUUUUGGAUGAGAUACUCCAUGAUCAACAGGAAGAAUCAAAGCCAGAUGAAGCUGCAGUACUCCUGCCAGGUCUGAUUCCAUACUUUUGGAUGAGAUACUCCAUGAUCAACAGGAAGGAUCAAAGCCAACGAUGGAUAGUGAGGCCCAUGAUCGACUGCAUAAGGAGAUACCUGUUUCAGUUGACACCAAUACUUCUAGAAGUUAUCGCCCUUCCUUCUUGCACUGUUUCUCCUGCUUGGGCCCUUAUCGGAAGGACCGAAGACAUCUCAAAAAAUUGUCAUCAACUUGUCCCAGAUAUGGCACUUGAGUUUCCUUUUGAAUUGGAUAAAUUUCAAAAGGAGGCUAUCUAUUAUCUUGAAAGAGGAGAAUCUGUCUUUGUGGCUGCCCAUACUUCGGCUGGAAAAACGGUUGUUGCGGAGUAUGCCUUUGCAUUGGCAUCAAAACAUUGCACUCGAGCUGUAUAUACUGCUCCUAUAAAGACCAUCAGCAAUCAAAAGUAUAGAGAUUUCUGUGGAAAAUUUGAUGUCGGUCUCCUUACUGGGGAUGUGAGCUUGAGGCCAGAAGCUUCUUGCCUUAUCAUGACCACUGAAAUUUUAAGGUCAAUGCUAUAUAGAGGUGCUGAUAUUAUACGUGACAUAGAAUGGGUUAUAUUUGAUGAAGUGCACUAUGUAAAUGAUGUAGAAAGAGGUGUUGUAUGGGAAGAAGUCAUUAUCAUGCUUCCUAGACAUGUCAAUAUAGUCCUACUUUCUGCAACGGUGCCAAACACUAUAGAAUUCGCGGAUUGGAUAGGCCGGACAAAGAAGAAGAAAAUUAGAGUUACUGGGACUUCACGCAGACCUGUACCAUUGGAGCAUCACCUAUUCUAUUCUGGAGAAUUGUAUAAAAUUUGUGAAAGUGAAGCAUUUUUGCCUCAAGGAGUGAAAGCUGCUAAAGAUUAUUUCAAAAUGAAAAAUUCUAACAAAUCAAGACCUGGUUCUGGCACAGUUAUGGGGCCUUCAGGUGCUCAUGGUAUGAGUCAAGGUCGGCAACAUGAAAAUUCUAGUCAUGGGAAAGGACACAAAGUUUCCGGUCAUCAGAAAGGGGGAAAUAUGUCUUGGGCUAGUGGGCCACAACAAGCAAACUCGAAUAUGAGGCGAUCAGAGUCCUUUCUGUGGGUCCUACUCAUAAAUAAGCUUUCCAAGAAGGCUCUCUUACCUGUGGUCAUAUUUUGCUUUUCCAAGAAUCGAUGUGAUAAAUCAGCAGAUAGCAUGACUGGCAUGGAUCUCACGAGCAGUUCAGAGAAAAGUGAUAUUCGCAUCUUCUGUGACAAGGCAUUUUCAAGGCUAAAGGGCUCUGACAAGGACCUUCCACAGGUUGUCAGGGUCCAAAGUUUGUUGCGUCGAGGCAUUGGUGUGCACCAUGCUGGACUGCUUCCUAUUGUUAAAGAAGUUGUUGAGAUGCUCUUCUGCCGUGGUGUUCUUAAGGUGUUAUUUUCGACAGAAACAUUUGCCAUGGGUGUCAAUGCCCCGGCUAGAACGGUAGUUUUUGACACUUUGAGGAAGUUUGAUGGCAAGGAAUUUAGACCACUUCUCCCAGGUGAAUAUACACAAAUGGCAGGGCGUGCAGGACGAAGAGGACUGGAUAAGAUUGGCACGGUUAUUGUUAUGUGUAGGGAUGAAAUUCCUGAUGAGCGGGAUUUAAGUCGUAUUAUGAUUGGGAGCCCUACUAGGCUUGAGUCACAAUUUCGUUUAACCUACACCAUGAUUCUGCAUGUUCUACGAGUUGAGGAAUUGAAAGUAGAGGACAUGCUGAAGAGAAGCUUUGCAGAAUUCCAUGCUCAAAAGACAUUACCAGAAAAGCAGCGGCUACUUUUGCAAAAGCUUGCUCAACCGACCAAAGAUAUAGAGUGUAUCAAGGGUGAACCUGCAAUUGAGGACUACUAUAAGAUUGCAAUAGAAGCUGAGAAGUAUAGAGAACAUAUAUUAGAAGUAGUCAUGCAGUCUCAGACUGCUCAUCAAUUCCUAUCCCCUGGAAGAGUGGUGGUAGUCAAGUCUCGUUUGGCUCAUGAGCACAUACUUGGAGUUAUCCUUAAAACACCUGCUGCUGGCAAUAAACACCAUAUUGUUUUCGCACUGGAUGCGGAAUACCCACGUUACAAUGCAACUACUUCACUCUCCAACAAAUUUCAAGAUAAAGAGAGUGGUAAUUUCCCACAAGGUGUCGUUAUUACCCCAAAGGCGAAACGCAGGCCAGAUGAAAAAUAUUUUUUAACUACUAGUUCUCACAAAGGAUCGGGUGUGAUCAAUAUCACUUUGCCCCACAAGGGCAAUGCAGCUGGUGUGAAUUAUGUGGUCAUGGAGGUUGAAAGCAACGAUAUUUUAAGCAUAUGCAAUUGCAAAAUAAAGAUUGAUCAGGUUCGGCUUCUUGAGGAUGUCAGUACUGCUGCAUGCUCCAGAACUGUUCAACAGCUUGUGGACCUGAAAAAGCAAGACAAUAAAUUUCCUCCUGCAGUCGAUCCAGUGAAAGAUCUCAAGCUCAAAGAUAUGGAUCUUGUUUUUGAGUACAAUAAAUAUAACAACCUUUUACAAAAGAUGGCUCAAAGCAAGUGCCACGGAUGCAUAAAACUGGAACAGCACAUUGCUUUACUUAAAGAGCAGACCAAGCAUAUAGAAGAGGUCAAUGCAUUAAAAUUUGAGAUGUCAGAUGAAGCACUUCAGCAGAUGCCAGACUUCCAAGGCCGGAUUGAUGUGCUCAAGGAAAUUGGAUGCGUUGAUUCUGACCUUGUCGUUCAAAUUAAAGGCCGUGUGGCAUGUGAGAUGAACUCUGGUGAGGAGCUCAUAUGUACAGAGUGCUUAUUCGAGAACCAAUUGGAUGACCUAGAACCAGCAGAAGCUGUGGCACUUAUGUCCGCUCUUGUAUUUCAACAGAGGAACACAUCUGAACCAUCUCUUACGCACAAGCUGGAUAUUGCAAAAAAGAGACUUUAUGAGACUGCCAUCAGGCUUGGGCAGCUACAAGAACAGUACGGUCUGCUGAUUGGUGCCGAGGAAUAUGCACAAGACAAUCUCAAGUUUGGUCUUGUUGAAGUGGUGUAUGAAUGGGCAAAGGGCACACCCUUUGCUCAGAUUUGUAACCUCACUGAUGUCCCUGAAGGUUUGAUCGUGAGAACCAUUGUAAGGCUUGAUGAAACCUGUAGAGAGUUCAGAAAUGCAGCUGCUAUAAUGGGUAACUCUGCACUCUACAAGAAAAUGGAGGCUGCAUCAAAUGCCAUUAAGCGGGAUAUUGUUUUUGCAGCUAGUUUAUACAUUACUGGAAUUUAAUCCAUGCUUAUCCCUAAUCCAAUUUUAAUUUCUGUCAAUGGCAUAAUUGUUUGUAUGUAUUCCUGGAAUCUAAUCCAUGACAAUUGAUUAAUCCUCCUUUGGAUUAUUUGUUUUAUAAGAUCCUGUUGAAGAUAUAGUUAUAGAAGAGUUGUUGAGUGACGCAA